AUGCAAAAGGAGAUUGAUCACCUAAAGAGAAGCUUAUGCCAUGAGCACAAAAGGCGAGCUCCCUCCAACUCUGACUACUCAUCCGAUGAUGAGGAGGAUCAAGAUUAUAGGCAAAGGUCAAGAACUCCCCCUAGUGAAUCUUUCUUGUAUGACGAAGAUUAUUGCCAUAGUCAUAGAAGCAACAAUUCGUCUUCAAGAGGCCUGGUGAAUGAUGCUAUGAAUAAAGCACUCAAUCAAGUUUCUAAAUCACCCUUCACUCGCUGGAUUGAGGGAGGAAGAUUUCCUCGACGGUUCACUCAACCCACUUUCACCUUGUAUAAUGGCAGAACGAACCCUGUUGAACACAUCAGUCACUUCAAUCAAAAGAUGACGAUACACUCUAAGAAUGAAGCCUUAAUGUGCAAGGUAUUUCCGUCUAGUUUGGGGCCUGUGGCAAUGAGGUGGUUUAAUGGUCUAAGGGCGGGAUCCAUCAAUUCGUUUAAGGAGCUCACCCAGAUGUUUGGGUCCCGUUUUAUUACAUGCAGUAAGGCGCCUCGUCCUUUGGCUUCUUUGCUAUCUCUAUCCAUGAGAGAGGACGAAACUCUGAAAACAUACUCGGGCCGAUAUUGGAAGAUGUUCAACGAGAUAGAGGGCGAUUUUAAGGACGUGGCUAUCAGUACUUUCAAGCUUGGCUUGCCUGCAGGACACGGUCUAAGGAAAUCUUUGACGGGGAAACCUGUCACCAGUAUUCGUCAAUUGAUGGACCGGAUUGACAAGUAUAAGAGAGUUGAAGAAGACCAGCUGCAAGAUAAGGGGAAGAGUAAGGUUAUCCCUCAGGAGAGGAGGGAUUUCAAGUUGGAACGUUAUAACAAUAACAAACCCCGGCGAGAUUUUGCCGAACAAUCUGGACCCGCAGCCCCACAGGAAGUAAACACUGUGUUUCGAGAACCGGACCGAGGACAUACCACUGAAGAUUGUCAAACAUUGUGGAACCAUCUGGAGCAAUUAGUAAAGGAGGGGAAGUUGCAACAAUUUCUUUACCGACCCAAUGGGCAGGGAAACCAGGCGAGGUCACAGGGCCAGGGGAGUGCUUCUUCAGGGCCACCAUUAGGCAUGAUCAAUGUUAUAUUUGCUACACUUGAAAGGACUGGCUCUCAACCUACGAGGGUGAUGUCUGUGGCCAGGUCUCUAGCCGAAGACUUAAACUCCGAACCGAAGAGAGCCAAAGUAGAGAUCCGACCUUUAUUGAGUUUCUCGGAUGAAGAUAAGAUCGGGACUAUCCAACCACAUGGUGACGCUUUAGUGGUCACCCUUCAAAUAGGGGGGUAUGAUGUGAAGAGAAUGAUGGUGGAUCAAGGCAGUUAUGUAGAAGUCAUGUAUCCUGACCUAUACAAAGGAUUGAACUUGAAACCUGAAGACCUGACAGCUUACGAUUCGCCUCUGGUGGGUUUUGAUGGAAAACUUGUUGCCCCGAAGGGUCAAAUUCGAUUACCAGUGCAGGCCGGUUCAGAAGUAAUAGAAGUAGAUUUCAUAGUGGUGGAUGCAUACUCCUCCUACACAGCCAUUGUUGCUAGACCCUAG